AUCCAGCAAGUGUUGACUGUUGUGGUGGACGACCAAUUGACCACCACUCCACACGUUCCUCAUCUCCAUUUCAUAAAUCUCCAAAGAAGAAGCAACAACUGUGACGAUCUCAUUCCCCAACCAAUCCAUGGCUUCCAGCACUCUAUCCCCUUCUCAAUUGUGUUCAGGGAAGAGAGGGAUAUUUAGCCCCUCAGAAGCAGUUGCUGUGAAGGGUGCGAGGAGGCAAACGGUUGGAAAUGGGAAGGCGAAGGGGAAGGGAGUGAGGAUCACAUGCCAGGCUGGCAGCAUUCCGGCAGAUAGGGUGCCUGACAUGGGGAAGAGGCAGCUGAUGAAUUUGCUGCUUCUUGGUGCCAUCUCACUCCCCACUGCUGGCAUGCUUGUUCCAUAUGCUACUUUCUUUGCCCCUCCAGGGUCUGGAUCCUCUUCUGGUGGAACUGUUGCUAAGGAUGCCGUUGGAAAUGAUGUUGUUGCUGAACUAUGGCUCAAGGCUCAUGGACCUGGUGACCGCACCCUAACACAAGGAUUGAAGGGAGAUCCUACCUACCUUGUGGUGGAGAAAGAUAGAACCCUUGCAACAUAUGGGAUUAACGCCGUCUGCACUCACCUUGGCUGUGUUGUGCCAUGGAAUGCAGCUGAGAACAAGUUCAUUUGCCCUUGCCAUGGAUCGCAGUACAAUGACCAAGGAAGAGUUGUCAGAGGACCUGCCCCCCUGUCUCUGGCACUAGCACAUUGUGAUGUAGAUACUGGCAAGGUGGUGUUUGUUCCUUGGGUCGAAACAGAUUUCAGAACCGGUGAUGCUCCAUGGUGGGCUUAAUUUAUUAUAGUGAUUAGUUUGUCUUCUAUUAUAUGUAUUUAUUUUUGUGAAAGCAAACAUUUUGUUACGUAUUUUAUUCAUGGGGACAUUCUAUGAUCAAAUUAUUAUUUUGUGAACUGAACUAUUGAAAUUUGUGUAAUAAAACGACAGCGUAUUCAUAGCAA